CCCUGAAGGAAUCUUUGUUAGAUAGUCCUUCUCUAUGUUAGCAUUGCCUUUCUAGCUGGGCAGCUGGGGUGCAUAGGCCUGGUUUUCAGACAAGGGGACUUGAAGUUUCAGACGUGACAUAUUCCAAAAUGCUGUGUUAACAAGUAAGGCCUCCUAUAGAUCUACUUCAAGUUUGGCCAGGUUUCCUUUACCACCUUGUUUUUCAGAUAGGACUGAGGCUUUCAGUACAUACUGGCAACCUUGGAAGGCAGGAAUGUGAAACUUUUCCCUACUACUUAGCAUCAGAAUUGAAUGGGAGACCGCAUUCUGCCAUUUCUGGCGGCAGUGUGGCUCUGCCAGCUGGCCUUCUGCACGGAUCCCCUGACAACAGUGAGAGAGCAAUGCGAGCAGUUGGAGAAAUGUGUAAAGGCCCGAGAGCGGCUAGAGCUCUGUGAUGAGCGUGUAUCCUCUCGAUCACAAACAGAAGAGGAUUGCACGGAGGAGCUCUUUGACUUCUUGCAUGCAAGGGACCAUUGCGUGGCCCACAAACUCUUUAACAACUUGAAAUGAAUGUGUGGACUUAAUUCACCCCAGCCUUCCUCAUCUGGGCAUCAGAAUAUUUCCUUAUGGUUUUGGAUGUACCAUUUGUUUCUUAUUUGUGUAACUGUAAAUUCACAUGAACCUCAUGGGUUUUGGCUUAGGCUGGUAGCUUCUAUGUAAUUCGCAGUGAUUCCAUCUAAAUAAAAGUUCUAUGAUCUGCAAA